GUACUCCCUGAUUUGCUUUUUCACAGUUAUCUGCAGAAAAAUUCGCUGAGAGAGCUUCCACAUAGUAUCUUCAAGGGUCUCUUCAACCUCCGAAACGUGUAAGUUUUGUGACCCGUUUAUUUUUCUCUCGGUGCGACGUGUAGUCCGUUGUUACUUUAUCACCCCCAUAUCAGCUUUGAAAUCUGCGCAAACAGAGGAAAUUCUGUAUACAACAACAUUCCUAAAAAUUUUAAAAUUUUACAUUGCUUAGUAACAGCCAAGUAUGCUCAGCACAAGCAUUAAGAGUCAGAGAACAGAGUGUGCACCGUAUUAAAAUGAAAUACCUCUAAACAAGAGAGCAUGGAAUAGAGAGCAGGGAAACGCACAGUCUAGCCCUAGCGAUGUGAAUUUCACCAAAGUUAUUUUUAGAUCAAUUAAACGAUUGAAAUUCAUCAAAAGUUGGUUUCUGGAGAGGUCCACAAACAUUUAUAAAGUGUUUUCAAGAAAGAACGUUGGGACAUUAUUCUCUCUUGGUGUGUCUCCGUUACAAUGAUUAUUCUGCAUUGUUUGCUUUGAGGUAGUCGCGAGUGGACUUGAUGACGUUUCAAACAGUCAAUUUAAAUGUGUGAACGUCCCAGGAACUAGAAUUCCGUUGAAUUUCAACUUUUAAAUAGAACUUAAGUGAAAUUCACGUAUCCCGGUCAAGGCCCUAAGAUUCUCUGUACGACCCAUUAGUCUCUCUUGCUCCAAACUACUUCAUGAAACUCUAAUGAAAUUAUUUAUUUAAAAAAUACAGAAAAAUGGACACCUUCUCUUUAUGUUGCUACGUCCAUGUUAGCCUUAAAGAAGUAGCAUGUCAAUUUCCUAAAGAAGCAAAAGAUGCCUUCUCUGGCUGCAAUCGCAUGAUUCAUCACCAGAGCCUCAGAAUCAGCAUAUGGCUGCUCGGUCUUCUUGCGGAUCUUGGUAAUCUGGCGGUUAUCGCCUGGCGAAUGAUUCGGCGGGAAGACCACCCAAUUCAAAGUUGCCUUCUGACAAAUCUUGCAUUGUCUGACUUCCUCAUGGGAGUUUAUCUUAUGAUUAUUUCCAUUCAACUCCUUUCGAAAUGUAAUUUUAAAAACCAACGAGGUACAAGCACAAGAAAUCUAAGGAUCUAGCUGUCUAGAAAUCCCUCAGAACAUCAUAUCUACUUUCCAUGACCAGGUUUUCUUUCCAGGUUUCUUUCGCUCUUUAUCUCCUAAGCCACUCAAAUUUGAUUUACAGACUGUCCGGAAGUAUGCAACUGCUCCAUAAGUAACACAGCUCCAUUUUGGAAAAUGGUUGACUGCAGUAGCAGGGGAUUGACAGAAAUUCCACGAGACUUACCAUGGGACGCUGAAUAUUUGUAAGGGCAAGAUAUUAUUGAAGCUCUUUCCCGAAAUCAUAAAAAUAUGAGAUUGCUAAUUUUCAUCUCAAAAGCAUUUUUUGACGUUUUGUUGUUUUUUAAGGUAAUAUUACAUAUAAUGAAUAUUUUUCCUCAAGAACAACCUUGUGUUUAGUUGAGAUGUACAGUAAACACCCGCAUCUAAGCACCUGCGGAAACCCUAACAGAAAUUUGCCACUUUAAUACCCCAAAAUACAAGAAUCUGUUUAGCCAAACAAGAUCAAGCAGAUUCUUAUGUGGGUUGCAGUUAGAUUAUGAUGAACACUGAUUGAACCAAGGAGUGUAACUUUGAAGAAAGUCAUAGAAACAUAGUCUUUACGUGAAUCAAUGUUCCGUCUUUUUAGUUCCUUUCCAAAAACUGAACAGAAAUAAAAGUUAAUUAAUCCGAACAACAAGAUUAAGUUUAUAUAAAGUACAGACUGCUGUAAUGAUCGUCUUCAUGGAACUUGGAUACAAAAGGUAUAUUUUUAAAGGACCAAAGAACCCACGUUUAUUUAUUUUUGUGGUAAUCAAUAAUCGGUUUUCCCCUAUAUAGAAAUUAAGAACCUAAUUAAGAACCUACUAAUAAAUAUCCCAAAAUACAAGAACCAAUUUUAUUGCGAGUCUUCCCAAACCGAACUUACGAAAACGAUAGAGAGCUCCGCAGGGUGGUGCACUGGUUUGCUGAAGAGAUGACCUAAGCAAGAAUCUCAACAGUUUGGGAUAAAUGGUCACAAGCGUGACGUUUUUAAUUGAAACCAAUGAUAAAAAUAACUAAUUAACAUCUCUUCAGGAAAGGUGGGGACAAAAAUCCGCCACAAAUUAGCAAAUACUUACCACAAACUAAAAAAGAUAAAACUAUAAGAGGAUGUAGACAGUGGCAGGUCGGAGACUGGGGAGGUAGUGGGAAAAAUUUUCCACUAAGCUUCAAAGGGAUGUCAGUACAUGUUGAUGGCAAUGGCUGGAAGGGCCGCAUAAAACAUAUAACAAGUCUUUUAUACAGAACUAAACACGUUCGAUCUCCUAAUUGGCCAGGGAACCACCGCCUGCACACUGUUGAUAAGAAACGAGAAAUCCCUAGAAAUAAAAUGACAUUAUGAUUCCAUCUUCUCGUCAUAAUGUUUGUUUUUCCAGGCUUUAAAAAAGUAGGUUCUUAUAUGCGGGAGUUUACUGUAUAUUUACUUUAACUUUAAACUUAGGAAUGCUUGACUAAUCACGCACCUGGUGACCUAAUAUCUGAUUUAACCUACUGAGGAACUAAUAUUUGGGCUACAAAAACCCUAUCAAACCAUUUUAGCCCUUUCUAGCCCUGUCAUUUCUAAGAGCCGUUUAUCAGAGCCUAUCAUUCUACGUUUUGCAGAAAUCUCUCCAACAAUCAACUAGAAGGAAAAAUCAGACCGCGUUCUUUUCAUAGGCUUGGCAGUCUUGUCAGUCUGUAAGUAUGCAAUAAUCGGUUUCUAUUCAUUUCUUCUGAACAAGUCAGAAUGAGCAAGUCAUUUGCGAAACGACCACCCGUUUCGGUGUGAAAUCGGUCUACCGGUGGACUGGAACGGGUAGUGUAUAUAUGUGUAAUGUCUGCGAUUUUGAAUCGCAUGUGUAUUUUAUCAACGUGAAGUGUACCCUCAAAUAACCGAGAUAUGAAAUGACCCACCAUCAUGUAAACGCGUUACGAAAUCAAAAAGUCAUCACGGUAUGAAACUCGCGCCGAUGCAAGUUUUCUCAUGUAAACACCCCCUAAAGUUCCUCCGUGCAUGAGGAACAUAAGUGCGUAACAUUAACCUUUCCCGGCUGUCUGUAUAUCGUUCACUGUAUUUCUAUCUCUAGGUCGCAUUAUCAGGACCCACAGGGGAAUGUUACCAACGAGGGCGCAAAAACAAUGCCGUAAGCGUGAGCACACUGUGGGUGUCCCGCAUGCCAUCCCGGAAAUUUUGUUAUUUGGGGAUUCUAAAGUGGUUAGAAAUCCAUCUAAAUUUAUUAUCGUCUUUAUUCAAAUGCAAAUUAUGAAAUAACUACAUGGCAAAAACGUUUUAAAAUCUGCAUUUGAUGAUCCAUCAAUCGUUAUUAUCGACCAAUAACAUCGCGACGCAAUUGACCAAUCAAGUCCAUAACCAGAGUAUAAUAUCAUCAACUGACGUGAUUAACUGACUUGAUACAACUCACUUUGACUCUGGAGAUGACUAUUGCGCAGCAGGUUGUCGGAACGUCGGUCACUGUCAACAACAACAGACCUAUUCAGGACUACGUUCACCUGGACGAUCAAACUCGACCUACUUUUGAAACUCUUUACAGUUUGAAAUCCUCACUAAAUGUCCUUCAUUAUUUCUAGCGACUGACACGAAGCUUCCAAUUUGGGAUCUCAGGGAAAUUUGUCGGUCCCUUUUACUUGCAAUAAAAGAUGUUCUAUUACGUGUCUCCUUUAAAUGUAAGAUUUUUCUAUUCUGCCCAGUUUUUGGAAAGGAACUGCGCGGUCCUGAUUAUUCAUGUGUUGUUAAGUUGAAGGGUAUGAAUCGCUGAAUAACACGUAGCAGUAAGGUAGUUUUAAUAUUUAAAGAUAUUUUUAACUCUGUUUAUCCUUUUUGAUGCUCCGUUAUGCCCAGGUCAGUGCUCUGUGUUAAGCAUGCAGUACAUACGUGUAAGAGCUCUGCGUACUUUGCAAUACUUAAAAAACAUGUUACCAUACAAAUGUAUUUUCAGUGAUUUGUCCAACAACCGUCUUGUGGGAUUGCCUUGGUUCAUUUUCAACGACCUGACGAAUCUGACUACUAUGUAAGUUAACCAUUAGUUCGGGAAUAAGUACAAGGAUUUUUCUAAAAUUAUCUUAGACGCCUUAAGUAUACUUUGGUUACCUUUAACGACUAAAUUUAAUGGCCAAGUCAAUUCUAGAAUACCUGUGGUUCUUCCAUGGUUAGCAGAGAACUGUAAAAUACCUGUUUUAUGGCUAAAAUACUUUCCACUGAAAGAAAGCCUUCAAUACUAUAGCAAAUUAACGUUAAAUUGAUAAAUGGUAAGAUAAAAAUUGAAUUCUGUCUUACGCUUUUAAGAAAAGUUGAUUGAGUAGUAACAAUGGACUUUCAUGAGAGUUCGUUCGGUGCAGUUAGAGUUGCUAGCCGAUAAAAAAAAGUCGGGAAGAUACGAGGAGUGUAGAAAAACGAGUGAAGGCCAUAAAAAAACAUUUCAAAUUUGUUUCCUAAGUUUAUUAUUGUCGUUUAAAGGAGAGUAAUGAUCAUAAUACUACUUUUUACAGUUUCCCUUGAGAAUGAACAACAACUACCUCAAGUAGUCCUCUUAAAAUACCAAAGGUUUUCUCAAACUUUAUCCAACGUCGCCAUUACCUCUACUAUAAAGUAACAACCUACUGCUAUAACAGCCAGCCCAGAUCUACCCUGCGUCGAGAAGUAAUUUAACUCAAGUUAGUGGCCAACGGUUUAGUUUCGUCUGUGGCGAAGGCUACCCACACUGUAUGUGAGCCUUCAGUACAAUCCCGAAAUGAACAUAUGUGAGCCGUUGGAGGGGAUUUCAAAUGAAAACCGCCGCGUGGGAAUUUUUAAAAAAAGAUGUGUACCCGAAUUACCUUGUGCAUUCGUUGCGUCUAUAACAUGUAAAACACACUUCUAAGGGGAUAAUGGGGUUCAGGUUUACUUAUUAUCUUUUUAUUUCAACAAAUUCGUGCCACCUAAUGUUUUGAAUCGCUUCCUUCAAGUUUUGGCUGUCUGUAAUACUGUUAGGAAUAGAAACUGUCGCAGUACUCCCUGAUUUGCUUUUUCACAGUUAUCUGCAGAAAAAUUCGCUGAGAGAGCUUCCACAUAGUAUCUUCAAGGGUCUCUUCAACCUCCGAAACGUGUAAGUUUUGUGACCCGUUUAUUUUUCUCUCGGUGCGACGUGUAGUCCGUUGUUACUUUAUCACCCCCAUAUCAGCUUUGAAAUCUGCGCAAACAGAGGAAAUUCUGUAUACAACAACAUUCCUAAAAAUUUUAAAAUUUUACAUUGCUUAGUAACAGCCAAGUAUGCUCAGCACAAGCAUUAAGAGUCAGAGAACAGAGUGUGCACCGUAUUAAAAUGAAAUACCUCUAAACAAGAGAGCAUGGAAUAGAGAGCAGGGAAACGCACAGUCUAGCCCUAGCGAUGUGAAUUUCACCAAAGUUAUUUUUAGAUCAAUUAAACGAUUGAAAUUCAUCAAAAGUUGGUUUCUGGAGAGGUCCACAAACAUUUAUAAAGUGUUUUCAAGAAAGAACGUUGGGACAUUAUUCUCUCUUGGUGUGUCUCCGUUACAAUGAUUAUUCUGCAUUGUUUGCUUUGAGGUAGUCGCGAGUGGACUUGAUGACGUUUCAAACAGUCAAUUUAAAUGUGUGAACGUCCCAGGAACUAGAAUUCCGUUGAAUUUCAACUUUUAAAUAGAACUUAAGUGAAAUUCACGUAUCCCGGUCAAGGCCCUAAGAUUCCCUGUACGACCCAUUAGUCUCUCUUGCUCCAAACUACUUCAUGCAACUCUAAUGAAAUUAUUUAUUUAAAAAAUACAGAAAAAUGGACACCUUCUCUUUAUGUUGCUACGUCAAUGUUAGCCUUAAAGAAGUAGCAUGUCAAUUUCCUAAAGAAGCAAAAGAUGCCUUCUCUGGCUGCAAUCGCAUGAUUCAUCACCAGAGCCUCAGAAUCAGCAUAUGGUUGCUCGGCCUUCUUGCGGUGCUUGGUAAUCUGGCGGUUAUCGCCUGGCGAAUGAUUCGGCGGGAAGACCACCCAAUUCAAAGUUGCCUUCUGACAAAUCUUGCAUUGUCUGACUUCCUCAUGGGAGUUUAUCUUAUGAUUAUUUCCAUUCAAGACCAAAUACUUUCAGGUUAGUGUCUUUCCAUUCCUUUAUAUGUAUCUUUUCCCCGGGUUCAAAUCCAGACGUCGACGCCAUAUGUGUGUUGAGUUUGUUGAAGGUCCUAUCUUUUGCAGCGAAAGGUUUAUCUCUGUGUACCCCGGUUUUCUACUCUCCUCAAAAUCAAACAUUACCAAAUUCCAAUUCGAGUAUCAUAGGGCGCACCGGUUAAGCAUCUUUUUUGAAGUGGAAUACAUUAACACCGAUAACGUCAUAGCCUUUUGUCUUUCUCUCACGAAUAAAAUGCGCAGGAAUAUUUUUGGUGCUAGAAAGGGCUAGUUGGCCUCUGCCCUCAUUAAUUAUGCACGAUUUUGGUCGCCAAGAAUCAGUGCAUGCAAACCAAAACUUCAAUUAUAUUGGAAAAAUUUUUCUGCACAUUUUGUGCAUGAGAUAAAGAUAAAAGGUUAUGAUCGAUGUUAAUGUACUCCACUUCCAACUGAUGAGAUUUCACUCAAAAAAGAGGCCUAAUCAGUGCGCCCUAAACUGCUAAUUCGACCUGGAAUCAGGUAGACGAAAAACCCUAAGCGGAUGAGCUACCUAUAAAUCGUUAUCAUUUAUUUAUUUACUUAUUUAUAUAAUUAUUUGUAUACUUAUGUAUUUAUGUAUUUAAUUUAUUCAAUACUCUUCUCCAAAAUAAGAGCGAGCACAGUGUUAAUUUUUAAAUGAUUUUAAAGCUAACAAUACCGCGGUAUUUUUAUCACAGAAUUUAAGUUGUUCAUAAGCAAACUGUUGUUUCACUAUAAUGUGCUGAACGCAAAACUCCUUAUAGACGAGUAUUAACGAAGUGAAGAAUACUGCGUUUUCCUAGGUAAUUACUUCAGCUACGAUCGAAAAUGGCGAUCAGGAGAGUUAUGCAGAUUUGCUGGUGCCUUGUCAGUGUUAUCAAGUGAGGUAUCUGUUUUGAUGUUAACUGUUAUCACCGCCGAGCGCCUGAUCAGUAUCGUCUUUGCACUAAAGAUUUCUCGGCUGACCUUGCGAGGAGCCUACCGCAUAUGUUCUGCGGUUUGGAUAUUCGGAGUUGCUAUCGCCAUUGUGCCUAAGUUUGACUUUCCAUACUUCUGCAAUAAGGACAGAGAAUAUGGGUAUUAUGGUACGUAAUAUUUUCUCUAUUAAUACUAAGUUAACAACAGUACAAAGCGAAUGCGCAGAAAGAUGUCAAUCAAAAUCAAAAUCAUUUUAUCAUGAAACAAGAAUAGUAUUAUUUCGAGAGCACUAUUAUCGUCAUCAUUAUUAUUAUUUAUUAUUAUUAUUAUUAUUAUUAUUAUUAUUAUUAUUAUUAUUACUAUUGUGUGAUCCUCCUCAGUUGUUAUUAUUUCAUGAAGGAAGACGAGGGGCUAUUUCAAACUUUUCACUAUAACUGCUCUAUAACAGACUACUGGGGCUCCACUGAGGUAAGCAGGAGCAUUGAAUAAGACAAACUUCUCAAUUCAACUCACUACCAUGAAAAUUAGUCACCUUAUAAUAGGAAUGAUUACUAAAACUAAACAAAAUAACAAUGUAGAGCCUGGUAUUAACCAUACCUUGCUCGACUUUGUCUGGCAAAGUGACAAAGUGUCCCUUCUUACAUGCAGAGCUCUCGUACAACCGAAAUCGUUUUGACAGACUAACAGAUUGGCAGUGAUAACGUAUCAUUGGGUAAUCGGCUCCUGGUAUCACUUAAGACGUGCGCAGUGUGAUGAGGUCAUCCGUCAUGAGAAAAAAUAUGCACACUACAAUAUUUAGUAGCCUGGGCUGUUAAAUCUAAUUUUAUUGUCGCUGUCAAUCAAAUCCCGUAACUAUAUAUUCCUAAAAAAGUUUUUAUUUAGGAGGGGCUCCUGCUUAUUUCCACAUGAGAGUGGGAGGGUGGAGCCAGGUGCUAUUCUGAACCGGUGUAAUUAUCACUGGCAAUGUUAUUGUUAUGGCUAAGACGUUUGGGUGGCUGAAAUGUUAAGACGAACACUCUAGGACAUUAACGGCACAGGAAAAAAAAUCUGCCAUUUUAAAUUAUGAGUCUGCACAGUCAAAGUGACGUCGGCAAGGGAAUAAUGUAUACAUGCCGGUUAAUAAAGAGAUGAGUUUCCUCUAUACAAAUUCAGGAAAUAAAAAAGGGUAAACAGCCUUCUCUUGGAAACGUCAAUCACUCAUUCGCCCAUGUAAGAGAAUCCAACACAGUCUUGGAUUCUGGAUUCCACGCCAUGGAUUCUGGAUUCCAGGAGCUGGAUUUUAGUUGGAUUUUAGUUGGAUACCGGAUUACUUGAGCUGUAUUCCGGAUUCCAAAGCCUCGGAUUCCGGAUUCCACAAGCAAAAAUUUCACACAUUCUGCUUUCCACGAACAACAAUUUUCCGGAAUCAGGUUUCCCUUACAUAUGGUGAACUCAAGACAAAUAAUUGACACAAAAAAGGUUCCGUGUAAGGAAAAUUCAUUUUAUUGGUGAUUUCUCAUCGUUAUUAAUCCUUUGAAUCUAUACAAAGGUAAAGGCGCACACGAGCCAAAGGCCCAAACGGCCGGAACUUAUCGCGGUUUCAUUAGCAUGAAGCACCUAAGAGUAUUGCUACUCCUCCCUGGACGGGAUGCUAGUCCAUCGCAGGGUUACUCCCCAGCAGUAUGUCGCCGCUACCCAUUUAUUCACCUGGGUGAAGAGAGAUAAAGUGGAGUAAAGUUACUUGUCUAAAGGAACAACGCGAAGGGCACGGCUUGAACCCCGGACCUCCAAAUCCGUUGAAUCUAUGGCUCUCCUAAAACAGUACGGGUAUUCUUGUGCCACCAUCGGUCCAAAACCUACAUUGUAACCUUAUUAGGAUUAAGUAGAGCUGGGCUUUAAUUUUUCCAACUGUCAUUUAAAUGUUUUAACGAUUAAAAACCUUCCAUUAAAUCUCAUCAAGUCUGGUGCACAGCAAGCAUUUUAAUCUCAAUCUAAUAACUUUUGUCCCAUACAGGUCGUUCGUCGGUUUGUCUUCCUCUCCAACUGUCCUCAGAACGACUUGCAGGCUGGGAAUAUUCAGUUGCCAUAUUCAUCAUUCUGAAUCUCGCAGCUUUCCUUUUCAUCCUGGCAGCUUACAUUUUCAUUAUACUCACGGUCUUUAAAUCACAACGGAGAAUCACCUCAAACGGAGAAUCCAAUACCAGCCUCAACAGAGAGUCGACGCUCGCACGGAGAGUGUUCGCCAUCAUCUUAACUGACUUCAGUUGCUGGGUCCCAGUAGUAAUCCUGAGCAUUCUUGCUCUCUUUGGUAAAUUCAAAGAUCCUGACGGGACGGUUUAUGUGUGGUUUGCUGUUUUUGUUCUGCCAAUCAACUCCUCUGUUAAUCCAGUUCUAUACACGUUUUCAACGCCGAAGGUACUUGUUAAACACCCACAAAGUUGA